GUUGUCAUUGUCAGUUAGCUGCAUAACCUCACAUUUUGAACGAUUGCAAUUUCAUGUUGCAUCCUACAUUUUCAAGUGAUUUGCAGACUAUUUUCUUUCUUUGGUGAUCCCCUGUGUGUUCUGUAUUCUUCAUGAUGACUUCCAGAAGCAAACGAACAAACAAAGCUCAAAUGGAGAUCAUAAUAGAUUUUUUAGGGGAGAACCGUAUACUUGCCACGCAAAAAAUGCACCCACAAAAAACCGGGACUGCGAAAACUUGUGGGAUAAGUUAACUGAAAAACUGAACUCUGUUGAGAGCGGUGCUAGUAAGAACAAAAGACAAUGGAAAACUUUUCUGUAUGAGUGGAAAUCAAAAACCAAAAAGAAAGCUCGUCUAUAUAAACAUUCCAUCAUGGAAACGGGAGGUGGUGGCUACACUUGUAUAGAAUUGACGGAUUUAGAAAAUAGACUUUUACAUGUAUUGGGUGGUUGGAUCCAUAUUGUGGGAUGUCCCAGUCUAACUAAUAUUGAGCUGGGACUACCUGCAGAAAUUGAAAUAGAUGAGCUGCAAGAUGAUGCCGAAAGAACAGAAACUGGAAUAGAGCAGCAAGACGCUGAAAGAGAAGAGGAAAAUUCUGAUAAAAUAUCUCCACCAGUUUCAAAAACACCUAUAUUCAGAACAGCUUUAAGGCAGAAACAGCUGCAAGAAGCAGCUGAAUUGUAUGCAUGUAGUACAAUGGAAAUGGCAGAAGCUGUGAAAACAAUGGCUGCUGCAAUAUCACAACUAGCUGAAGGACUAUCAGAGAUAGCAGUUGCUCUUAGCAAUGUUUCAAAAACCUUAAGAUGGGGAAUAAAACUUGUAAUCAGUGAAGCCUUAUUAGAACACCAGGGUAUCAAUAAUGCCUAAAACUACGGUCGUGGAUAAAAAACGCAAAAAGUGGAAUGAAGAGAAUAUGCGGAAAGCAGUGAUAGCAGCCAGGUGCAAACAAAUGGGUUACUUGAAGGCUCGUAAAACAUACAAUGUUCCAGGAGCUACACUUUUCAGGCUGUGCAAAAAGAACAUGGAGCCUGAAGUAGUGUGCCGUACCAAACUAGGCCUUAACCGGAACGUAUUCACAGAAGAAGACUUUAUUCAAGAGGCACAAAGAAAUGAAGUCCAAGUAAAUUCAGAAGAUUAUGUGCUCCAGGAGAAACCCCAACCAGAAAACACAGCUCAAAAUGCCACCAUAGUCUUACCACAGGAUAUAAUUCCCAAGCAAACUUUGAGGAAGAAAGAGGGCACAAGAGGUCGGAAAGCAGGUCAAGCCAAAGUUUUGACGUCGACUCCAAAAAAAGAAGAGUUGAAACAAUCAAUAGAAAUAUCUUCAGUUAAAGAAAGGGACAAAGUUAAAGGAAAAAUAGGACCAAGUGACGUACCAAAAAAGAAAUUUCAAAUAAAAGCAAUACAAAAAUCAAAAAAUGGUAAAUCUUCAUGGGAAGAUUCCCACAGUUCUGCAUCUUUACAUGACUCCUCAUCCAACGACGAUGAAGAAUUUCCUGUUUAUGAUCCUCCAUCUAAGGAGGCUGAGGGAGGUAAGAGACUUGCUUACUGUGAGAGAAGUGGGUUAAUAAUUGCCUUGAAUGGCCUCUUACGUACUCUAGGACAUCUGCUCGAAGGUCGAGCAAAGGGCAGAGAUGUCGCGCAGCACCAUCAGGGGUCAACGUGUCAAGUGGUAUACUAUACAGAACUGGUUUUUGGGCUGGUUGCUGAUCAAGUCUCUGAACUGGUUUUUCAGGAUAGCUUUGAUAUGAGGAACCAUUUUCGCUUGGUGGAUAAAAAAUCUGGAGUUGAGAUUGUGUACCAGGUUGUUUGUAAGGAUUUGUGAUUACUGGUUUUUGAUAUUGGAGAUGUUUCCUCAGUUGAAUGGGGAUGGGGAAGGAUUGCCUACAAAAUGUUUUAGCAUUAAUAACAUGACCUCCCAGAUUAAAAUAAAGCACACAACUGAAUCAGUCAAUUAUUUCAAAAACCGCUUAGGUCAAUUUUUAGCAGCAUACUUUUUCACUGAGAAUGUUUCAUUAAAGUAGGUGAUUUCUGCAUGCACUACUACUCGACACUGGGUACUUGAAUGGGUCUUUUCAAAAACAGCACCAGAAUCCUUAUUUGUUUUAUGUUCAUAUUAUGUGCUAUAUGCACCAAAAUACCAAUUUAAUAUCACUAACUAAAAAAUUAAGUUUAUGGGUGAAUACAUUAAACACUUCACAAAAUUAUCUAUUUAAGAG